GCUGAUUUACCGAUCGUAAAAGAAGAGGCUGCAUUGUACAGUGAUACAGCGAGUUUAGCUGUUCGAUAAAAUCCUCAACAGAGUCGCUAUAAAUUGAAGAUGCUUUCGUCCCACGCUUUUGGAGAUUCUGGGAAAAUGAAAUCAUACCAUUACCAGGGUCCAGUGGAGCAGCGCUUUUCACCGUAUACUUUCAACGGAGGAACUGUUUUGGCCGUUGCUGGAGAGGACUUCGCAAUUGUAGCCUCAGACACUCGGCUGAGUGAAGGCUAUUCCAUCCAUAGCCGGGACUCCCCAAAAUGCUACAAGCUUACAGACACAACAGUCAUUGGGUGCAGUGGUUUCCAUGGUGACUGCCUGACUCUUACAAAAAUCAUCGAUGCCAGACUAAAGAUGUACAAGCACUCAAAUAAUAAGAAGAUGACCAGUGGAGCAAUCGCAGCAAUGUUGUCAACUAUUCUGUAUGGCAAGAGAUUCUUCCCCUACUACGUCUACAACAUCAUCGGGGGACUAGAUGAGGAGGGUAAGGGAGCUGUGUACAGUUUUGACCCAGUUGGCUCUUACCAGAGAGACGUCUACAAAGCUGCAGGAUCAGCAAGUGCCAUGCUGCAGCCACUGCUUGACAACCAGAUUGGCUUUAAGAACAUGGAGAGUGCCGAAAAGCUCCCUUUGACUCAGGAAAAGGCAGUGCAGCUGGUCAAGGAUGUCUUUAUUUCAGCCGCAGAGAGAGAUGUCUACACCGGAGAUGCCCUGCAGAUCUGUGUCAUCACCAAGGAGGGUGUGAAGGAGCAAUCUUUUCCUCUAAGGAAAGACUAGGACGUCAAAUAAUGGUCAGAAGUAACAACAAUCACUUGGAGAGUUGGUUAAUACAAAUUAAAUGGUGUAAAAUACCAAGGAGGGAAGAAAUGAUGUUUCUGUUCACUUUUUUUAUAACGUUUCUUAAUGUUAAUGUGCUCUACUGAUUCACUCUUGAUUUAAAAAGUACAACAUGGAAUACUG